AUGGUGAAAACAGCGCAAGAAAUUGUCAGGUAGGUUAAAUUGAAACAAUUAAGAUAGAUUUGAGUGAAAAUUAAUCAAAAAAUAAUUGCAACGUUAACUUUACAUUUCCAAUUUAUUUUUUACGAGCAUUCUAUUUAACCUAUAAGAGGGUACCAUCAACGGUACAAAUAUUUGCUAGUUAAUGAACCCACAAACAUUUUUUUCUUUCAGGGAAGCUUGCUGAAUACUAUGUUUUUAUUUGGAAAUAACGAAAAAUAAAGAAGAAUUUAUAUGUGAGAGUGCUUAUUUCCUCUUUUUCCGCUACGCUCCCAUUCAAUUAUAGUUGUCAUGUAUAAUGAAUCAAUGCUGGAUAACCUUUUCAAGAUAAAUCAUUGUUUUGCAUUCUAUACACUCUGCGUGCUAGUUAAGGAUUGAAUUUUAGCCUUUUCACCAAGAGAAGCCUGCCCAAAGUGUUCCCACACUCAAUGCGCAUAUUGGGCCGUCUCUAACUUCUUCCGACGUUGAAGCUGCAAGCACUUAAUGGACAAAUUUAUCAUUGGUGCUGAAUUAUGAACAUAAAAAUUAAAAACAAAAUGGAAGACGAAAAAAUUAAAUGGUAUGCAUUAGCGUUGGACCUAUAUUACAUUUCCUUUCCUUGAUUAAACAGUGUCUAAAUUUGAGAAAAUGGAAAUGUUUGGAGUAAAGGCUAAUGGCUCUAAAUGGUAUGGAAGAAUUGCGAUUAAUAUAAGGACGUCAGAUUCAAAAUACAAUUUUCGUUAAAGACAGUUUUCCGUGUACCAUAUAAUUACAGUUUCAUUUUAGGAGAAAUUGCGUGUGAAAAAUAUUGACGCCGAGUAAACUGUGACAUCUGUGCGGUUUGGAUACUGAGGUAAAAAUCUAUUAUAACCAUAAAAAGUAAAAAUUAAAAACGAUGUUCAAGUUAAUUUAUUUUAGCUUUUUUUUUUUUUUUUUUUAAUAAAGCCGCAUUAAGAUGAAAAGGAAAUUUGACUUACUUCACUAAAUUAAGUCAAUGCAUAUUUUUUCGACGUCAUAAGGAAAAUUACCAUAGCGUACACACUUGAACCACGUCCGUCUAGAAUCAAGCUGUCCAGUUCUGUAAAUAGAACGCAGAAAAAAAAUGACGAAAUUAGGUCUUAAAUUAGCAUUCUGUUUAAUUUUUCUUGUGUUUGAAAGUUCCCUUUGUUGUGAGUCGUCUUACGAUGCUCUGUACGACCUUCAGAAUAUAUUGAAACAUCGUCGGAAGGCUGGACGUAUACACCCAAGGAACAGAAUAAUUGAAACCAUCGUGCGAACGAAAAUGGAAUGCCUUGACAUCUGUUUACGGACCUCUCAGUGUGCUUCUUUUACUUUGAAAGCAGUAAGGUAUAAGCGUGGCACAAGGACUGCUUGGAUCUGUUUAAUAAACAAAGUAGCAAAUUUUUCACAGAAGAUGGCAAAGCAUGAUUCUAAAGGAUUCAUUCAUUUCAGCAUGAGUGCCUCGAAGCUUCAGCAGGUCAGCUUUUUUUUCAGUUUUGUGUUUUAA